AUGAAACAAGAAAAAAAUAUAAUAGUCUUCACUCAACAAGACUUUUAGUCUAAUUAUUUAGUGAACCCAAAUCCUCCUUUAGGUUCAGGUCAUGAUGCUAAAGUAUAUUUAGCAAUGCAUAAACGAACAGGAGAAAUGUUUGCUUUGAAAGUACUUACUUCAAUAACAGCAGAUCAUCUUAAUAAUCUCCAGGUUUUAUUUAUAUUUAUUUAGUGAACGAAAUAAGAAUACUUAAAUUAAUAGAUCAUCCAGGAGUAGUUUAAAUAAAAGGUCAUGCUUAAGAUUAUACUUGUGUUUUAUUAGAGU